CCGAGUAACCCCGCAGUGGUAAACAUGAUUCCCCGAGGUCUUCUGUUCCUCGGUCUCCUAGUCGCCUGUUGGGCCGACCCCAUCCCUGAGAGCGGGUUGGAGGACUGUUUCAAGAAGGACUCCAUCUCCUGUGUCCAGAUCCAACUGUUCCGUAACGCCCGAUCUUUCUUCGACCAAGAGAGCGUGGAUUUGUUCGGAGGAUUGUCCCUCGUCAAGAACCCCGGUACCAAGGACAAGAGCGCUCGUGCUCUCGAGGACUCCAGCGAGAACCAGGUUUUGACUGCCAAGGAUGCUGGUCAGCGCGAGGAGCUGCUGGAAGCCUUCGCCAUCAAGAAGCUAGGAUCGUUCUUCCAGGAGCGAAGCCUGAGCUGGAACUUGUCACCCGUAGUAGACACUGUCGCUUCCACCGCUCGUAGUCUCGUCAACAGUGUUCCUGCUGACGUCAAGGAAAACAUCUCCGAGUAUGUUGAGGGACGAGGAAAGAAGAAGAAGCUGCUGAAGGCUCUGUUCCCUCUGCUGAUCGGAUUGAAGGUGAAGCUCGCAGCGUUCGCCGGUCUGGCGUACAUCGUGAUCGCGCUGAUCGCCAAGAAGGCUCUGCUGGCGUCUCUCAUCUCCCUGGCCAUCUCCGGCUUCAUCGCCAUCAGGAAGCUGUUGUCUCAGCACCACCAUGCGCCGGCUCACCACGAGGUGGUGGCCCACCCGGUGGAGUACAGCAGCCACGGUGGCGGCUGGAGCGGUGGCGGUGGCGGCGGCGGCGGUGGCUGGGAUAGCUACAGCGGCCAUGGAGACGCCCACGGCUCAUACAGCAACAACGUGGCUCACUCCAUCGCCUACUCCGCCCAGAAGCCCGUCCGCAGGAGAUAAACUGAUACGACGAAGAGGAAUUCACAAAGAGAAGAGACUGUACAUAGUGUUCAUACCCAAGCUAUUUAAUAUUAAUUUAUUUUAUACGUGAUGUAUCACCCGUUAUAGAACCGUUUACAAAACAUGGUUAUUAGUGUAAAUAGUCAGGCCACCUUGGCUCUCUGGUUACUUACCUCUAGAUAACACUUUGGUGCUACAAGUUAAAUAUAUAGUUCAGAGUAACAUCCAAGAACUGUAGGAGCAAAAUGUUCAUUUUACACCCUCAGUGUUCUAACAGCUGUUCAAGUACAACUUAGCUCAUGGGACUUCUCAUGAACAUAGUAAUCGUAAGUGAUGUUGUUAUACCUUAUCUUACUACAACUAUAUCGUAACUGACUUCCCACUAACUUGCACUACUUUUACUUUUAUUGUUACCUAUAAACACAGUUUUGCACGGCUCGAAUACUACAAUCCUCAUUUUCUUCGCCAGUCUUUUGAAUAAGCCUACUGCUUGCUCCCUUCUCUUCGUCAUCCACUAUUAAAUAGUGCUGCACAUGAUGUUCAUUUCAUUUAUUAUUCGUCUAUCUCUCUUUUGUUUGUAGUUUAACUAUUCUCAUUGUUGUGUUUUGAUGAUCUAUUUGUUUUGUAGCAUCUUGUUUUUCAUACCGUAACUUACUUUGUAGCUUUAUUCCUUAUUUUAUUUUCCUUGACUCUCUGUGAUAUCUAUGAUUUAGUUCUGCUUAUUUAAGCUUUAUUUUCAUUUUGUUUGUAUAUAAGUUACAAUUUAACCACUUUUACGCUGACUGAUAGUAGUUUCUUUAAUCAUUUAACUAUUCGUCAUCUUUUAGUUCUUUUGUAGUUUCUAGUGCGUAUUCGUCAGUUAUUAAGAACAUGUAUUCUUAGUGGUGUUUCAGUAUUUAUUUGAUUGUUUGCAUUUGAUACGUCUGUACUGAGUUAUGUGUGUUUUUAUUGCUAAACAGAACAUUGUAUUUAUUUACCAAAGAAAUCCAGCCUUUUCUAUAAUAAAUAAUGUUUCAUACAAUG